UUGACCACCACCUACGCCGUGCCCCCUCCCCAGGCUGAAACAAAAUGGCACGGUUUUUUACCUCCUUCGCAGGUCGAAAGAGCUCUCACCUCCCUCAAUUUCGUUGACUGGCAAUCUUCAAUCUCCAACAUCCAACAUGCCGCCCCCUCGACGCUCCAUAUCAACGCAACGGCGGAGGUCCUACAGCGGCUCCGCUUCGACGUCAAGUCACGCCUCUCAAUCCAGCAGUUCGCCAUCCACGACAUCUGUUCUCUGGAGGUUGUACCUUUCCCAUGCACUAUCAACAUGGAACGCCAGGACUUUCGAAUUUGGAGCAGUCAUAUUCCUGGCUACAAUCUUUCCUCACACCUUGUUCUACACCUCUCUAUAUGCCCUUUGCCGGUCUGGGGCAGCGACGGUCUUCAGCUCCUACAUAGGAUGGAUAGUGGACCGAACAGACCGACUAGUCGUGGUCCGCCAGAGUAUUAUGUGGCAGAGAUACACGGUGGCAGUAUCGUGCUUGAUACUGCAAGUGCUUUUGUGGAGUAAUGAGGACAGGCUUCUCACCCUCACGUGGUUUGGAAUUGCGAUCGUAUUAGCAUGCUUUGAGAAGCUAGCCUUCGUCGCCAACACAGUCGCCGUGGAGAGAGACUGGCUGAUCGUCAUUGCCGAUAGCCUGGGCGCUGAGCGCGAAGACAUGAACAGCUCCAUGAGGAGAAUUGAUCUGAUCUGCAAGCUGGUAGCUCCACUAUGCAUUUCUUUGGUCGAUAGUUAUUCGACCAAGAUAGCCAUUUGGGUCGUCUUUGGCCAGAACGCCUUGAGCGCUAUCAUUGAAUACUUUGCGAUCGCUCAAGUAUUUGCUGCUGUCCCCGAGCUUGCGCAGGGCCGAUCAAGGCGUGCUCGCUCUGACUCUCACAACGGAGACUUGGCCGCAGACCAACAAACUGAUUCAACCACGCCUCGCAACCCUAUAGUCGCGAACAUUGUUCGUGCUCUCCGCCCUUGGAAAGACUAUUUCUGGAAUCCGGCAUUCCUAGCGUCGUUUUCACUGUCUUUGCUCUAUCUCACAGUACUGAGCUUUGCCUCCCAAAUGACGACGUACCUACUUACUCUAGGAUACACGUCCUUCCAUGUGUCCACUAUGAGAUUGGCAGCCGUUGCACUCGAGCUUACCGCAACCUGUGCUGCCCCUACUCUGAUGCGCAAGAUUGGCGCUGUUCGGUCGGGUCUUUGGUUCGUCAACGAGCAGCUCAUCGCCAUUGCUCUGGCCCUAGUAUGGUUUACCGCCCUGGACUUCCAUACCAGGCUUGCUGGUCUAGCUCUAGCAGCUGGAGUUGCCUUGAGCAGAGUAGGGUUGUGGGGUUUCGAUCUAUCCGUUCAGUAUCUAGUGCAGGAAGAUGCGCCAGAAGCCACUCGGGGAUCCUUUUCUGCCGUCGAAGCUGCGUUGCAGAAUUUCUUCGAGCUUGUAUCCUUUGCAAUCACCAUGAUUUUCCAUCGACCGGAGCAAUUUCAGAUACCCGUGUUCAUCAGCGCAGGCGCAGUUGCUCUAUCUGCGACAUGCUUUGCAAGGUUCGUAAGGCAAAAGAGAGGGCAUUUUCUGCACACUUCGAAGUGUUUUAGAAGAGAGGGAAAGCUUAAAUACCAAGUCUUGCCAACCAUUGAAGAAGAAGGGGAAGAUACACCACUCGACGAAAGGAGUGGUUCAUAACUGCUGAAGUAAAUAUCUUGUAGCAUACGACUCAUACAACUGUAGAUACCCCAUCCAAAACGUUUCAUAGCAAUUCUGACGAUUUCAUUCAUCUAUACAGCGAAAGUCUCGCCAUCCUCGUAAUUGGCUAACUUUCAUUAAUUUGAGGAAAACAUCUAG